AAUGACAAGCCGCUAUCCUUCCGUAUUCUUCACACGCUGCCUCGCGCUGCUCUGCCCUUGAGCUGCAUCGACAACUCGUCCUCCCCCACUCGUCUCUUCUCUGCCCACCUACCACAACUUGAUCAUGACGAAACCACCUCCGCCCUCGUCCUCGUCGCUCGCUGCGAGACUGAGCCCCAUCAGCCCUUGUACGCUGCAGAAAGAGUCGGAGAAAAGAGAUAUGCCCUGUCUAGACUGGCUGCCUGGUUGACCUCGGAUCGAACUCAUGCUCUCGUACCAUCUGCUCCCAUAACUGCGAAACUCCUGCCACAACCCUCUGCCGACACGUCUGCCGAGUCGUGGUGGCGCACUGCAGCCAUCCAAAUACCUUCGAUACUGCCUGCAACUUCUCGCAAAGCUCCCCGUUUGUCUCUGUUCCGUCGCCAUCCUUCACCAACUCAGUCUUUGCCCGUGUCCCAGCCUGCAGUCACUGAAGUAUUGGCAGACCUACCUGUCCUUGCAGACGAGACAUGCGAGACCCCUGAAGAUUUCCUCGCCCGCUUCAUCUCACAAUACCUCGACACCCUCUAUCUAUCCAAGACUCCACUUGCCUUCUUCACCAAAGGCCCACUGUCACGUUUGCGAGCUGCCUUUACAACAGGCCAGCUCCCCGACACAACCCUCUCCGAUCUGGUUCUGUUCUUGCGAAACCUCAUUCUAUCGUCUUCCACGGCCGACAAGAAGUAUCGCGACAAGCUGCCUGAGAUUCUGAAAGAUCUGCCUCCACAGCAUCCGGAUCAAGAUCAUACACCCGCUGCCAAGAAGAAGAGACGGAAGAAGAAGCUCAAGCCAGACAAGUAUGGUCUGCUUCCCGACGAGGACGACUUUUUCGCCAAGUGGUGGUAUCAGGACGAAGCUUCUGCACCGUCUGAUGAGACGGCCGAACAAUCGCUGAAACGCAGAGGCCCGCAGCUAAGGACCCGUGAAACCUUCAUGCAAGUGGUCCUGGCCCUCGAGAUUAUGAGUCUGGAAGCGCUCUCUGAGUUCAAGUCGACGCAGGAACAAGUGAGACAACCAAAGGGCAAGAAGGGUGAUACAAUCGUCACAAGUCUCGAAUUACUCGUGGACAAACUCUGCAUCUGGCACUCUCUCCAUGCCGCUGACCUGCUGGGCGGUGCGCCAAAGCCCGACAAGACGACCAAGGAUGGUGCCAACCAACUGCACAGCUUCUGCGUCGAGGUCAUCAUACCCUUCUACAUGUCUCGCGCUCACGAGCAUGCCUCGUUCGUCAACAAGAAGCUCGGCGGUCCGGGGUCUUCGACAACCACAAAACCCAAGCCUAGUCGCAAGCUUCCUGAAGCUGAAACCAAGGCUGCCACCGACAAGAAGAGUCGUCGUUCGCUUGCUCGCGUUGCCACAGAAAGCUUCUCUCAGCCUGCCAAACCUUCGCGCUCAUUCAGUCGUUCGGCAACUGACUCGCAGAUGAUGCCUAAGCAUCGCUUGCGUCAAAGAGAAGUCGACUUUGGUGCAAUUGCUGCUGCAAACGAGGUCAAGGCCAGGAAGAAACAAGAGGUCGAGCAGAAACUCAAGGAUGCUAUUUCUACUUUGAAGAGGCCGAGUCGCGCGGCUGUUUCUGGAGAAUUCGUGGACGCUGUCGAACAGAGGAAGCGUAUGGCAGAAGGCAGAGCAAGACCACCAUUGCACAAGCGAAAGUCUUCAGCAAUCGCUCAAGUCUCUGCCACUCCGAAGAAUGGCCACAAGAACUCUGCUAUUGCUGCGACGCCACACCACAUUCCCGCUCCCUCUUUUGUUCGUCCAUCAGUCCCUUCGUCUGGCCCGUCU